AUGGUGGACGAUGAAUACGGUCGGAGAAUACUCGUUUCAUCACAGACAAUUAGAGCGCAGGGUAUAUAUUCACUCAAGAGAUUAACAAUAAAACACGGACAAUAUUCCGUAAACUCGUAUUUUAUGGAAUAUGCGCUUUUCUCCAGUAGCUCUCAAUUUUUCACGACGCCGCCGUUGCUGCCGCUUCUCCACGGAGGACUUAUUCUGCUCUCGCAAGCAACGGCGAUGCUUGUUAUACCUAUCACGUUUUUGGAAUUUGGUUGUACAGUGCGGCAGAGGACGGUGCGAUACCGGCGCUCAAGAGACUUCAGUAAACAUCUCGCAAGACGUGAUUUUCAAGGUUCGUUAAAUCUGCCAUAGAUAAAGAGAAACUCGACGGUGGGUGGUGGCAAGAAACGAGCAACCGUAUAGCCACGGUCCAGAAAGAAGGAUAGUGGUAUAAGAGGAAGGGACCGGGAGAAUAAGCGGAUGGCACAUUUCGCGCGAGAGGGAACAAGAGGAGACAAGAGAAGAAGAGAAGAAGAGCGAGAGGGAGAGACGGAGGUAGAAAUGGAGAGUCAGAGAGAAAUAGGCGGAAUGAGUUCAUCUCCGCUAAUGCAGCGAGCUAAGUUAACUCGCACAUCCUUCUUAACGCGAGUAACCUCGCGAUUAUACGAGCCGCGGCGUGUGUAACAACGAGGAGAGGACACGCGGGUACGAGCGAUCGUUUCUGCGGACUACGUAGGCAUAAGCACGUUGAAGGCGGCCGUUGUAGAUGCGGGAUGUGUGUUUCACAAAUUUGAGACGCGAGACAAAUUACUUACACGCUUAUUUGAACGUUUAAAAUGUUUCGGGACCGGCUCUCGGGCUUCGUUUUAUCAGUUCUUUUGAAAAUAAUUUUUUCCU